AUGCCAAGAACUCAUCUGGAGCCAAAGCCUGAACUCACAUCAGAUCCUGCAGGAGCUGCACUGACAGGAAACACAGUGACUUUGACCUGUCGCAUGAAUCUGUCUCCUGGAUGGGACUUUUACUGGUACAAACACACACUGAACUCUGAGACAAAGAAGACAAAAAUAAACUCCUACAGAGUGAAGAUUGAUUCAGUGUCUGAUGGAGGUCAGUACUGGUGUAGAGCUGGAAGAGGGGAACCAGUCUACUACACACAAUACAGUGAUGCACUGUGGGUAAAUGUUACAGUGAGUCCUAAAGCUGUGGUGACGGUACGACCGGAUGAACAAGUGUUCAGAGGAGAAACAGUCUCUCUCAGAUGUGAUAUAAAGUGGGGAGGAGACACUGAGUGGACGUACAGAUGGGUAAAAGAGGGAACAAACUACCAACAUAAAAACUCUGUCAGCCGAACCUCAACACAAGAGUUAAACAUCAGCAGUGUUAAAUACAUUCACCGUGGUAAAUACACCUGUACAGGACAGAUGGGAACACAAAGCUCUCAGCGCAGUGAUGCUGUUACACUGAAUGUUUCAGAUCUGAAGCCAAAGCCUGAACUCACAUCAGAUCCUGCAGGAGCUGCACUGACAGGAAACACAGUGACUUUGACCUGUCGCAUGAAUCUGUCUCCUGGAUGGGACUUUUACUGGUACAAACACACACUGAACUCUGAGACAAAGAAGACAAAAAUAAACUCCUACAGUGUGAAGAUUGAUUCAGUGUCUGAUGGAGGUCAGUACUGGUGUAGAGCUGGAAGAGGGAAACCAGUCUACUACACACAAUACAGUGAUGCACUGUGGGUAAAUGUUAAAGUGAGUCCUAAAGCUGUGGUGACGGUACGACCGGAUGAACAAGUGUUCAGAGGAGAAACAGUCUCUCUCAGAUGUGAUAUAAAGUGGGGAGGAGACACUGAGUGGACGUACAGAUGGGAAACAGAGGGAACAAACUACCAACAUAACUCAAUCUCAACACAAGAGCUGAACAUCAGCAGUGUUGAAGUCUUUCACCGUGGUAAAUACACCUGUACAGGACAGACAGGAACACAAAGCUCUCAGCGCAGUGAUGCUGUAACACUGAAUGUAUCAGAUUCCCCCAGAUCUACUCUGACUGUGACUCCAGACAGUCCUGUAUUCACUGGAGAGAGAGUGAGUCUGAAGUGUGAGAUUGAGUCUAACAGUAACUGGAGAUGGAGAAAUGGCCUGAGAUAUGACCAGAUAUAUUACUGGACACCUGUCUGGAGAUAUGAGUGGUAUAAAGGCAGUGUAAAGUUACAGUCGUCUGGUCGUUACACUGUAAACACAGACACACUCACUAUCACAGCAGUAACUACAUCUGAUGCGGGUCAGUACACGUGUAGAGGACAGAGAGAUAAAAGACCAAACUCAUCACAAUCAAGCUCUGUUUCUCUCAAUGUGACGGAGAGACCAGAAGCUGUAGUGAAGGUGUCUCCAGAUCAGCGUGUGUUCAGAGGAGAGACAGUCACUCUCACAUGUGACAUACAGAGAGGAGGACACAUUCAGUGGAGAUACAGCUGGUUUAAAGAUGGAGACACUCGCUAUCCAUACAGAACAACAACAACAGCAGAGUUCAGUUUCACAGCUGAAGUGUCUGACAGUGGUGAAUACAGAUGUAGAGGAGAGAGAUCAGACUCACAGAGAUCACACACCAGUGCUGCUCUUACACUGACUGUAUCAGAUCUGGAGCCAAAGCCUGAACUCACAUCAGAUCCUGCAGGAGCUGCACUGACAGGAAACACAGUGACUUUGACCUGUCGCAUGAAUCUGUCUCCUGGAUGGGACUUUUACUGGUACAAACACACACUGAACUCUGAGACAAAGACAGAAACAAACUCCUACAGUGUGAAGAUUGAUUCAGUGUCUGAUGGAGGCCAGUACUGGUGUAGAGCUGGAAGAGGGAAACCAGUCUACUACACACAAUACAGUGAUGCACUGUGGGUAAAUGUUACAGUGAGUCCUAAAGCUGUGGUGAUGGUACGACCGGAUGAACAAGUGUUCAGAGGAGAAACAGUCUCUCUCAGAUGUGAUAUAAAGUUGGGAGGAGACACUGAGUGGACGUACAGAUGGGAAACAGAGGGAACAAACUACCAAUAUAACUCAAUCUCAACACAAGAGCUGAACAUCAGCAGUGUUGAAGACUUUCACCGUGGUAAAUACACCUGUACAGGACAGAUGGGAACACAAAGCUCUCAGCGCAGUGAUGCUGUUACACUGAAUGUUUCAGCUGAAGCUCAGGCAGCAGUGCGAGUGUCUCCACAGCCGUGGCUGACUGAAGGAGACUCAGUGACUCUGAUCUGUGAGGUUACAGUCUCCUCUACAGGCUGGACGUUCAGCUGGUUCAGAGAUGAUGAUCAUCUGUCCGACAGCAGCAGAGGAGCUGGAGGCUCUUACACUCUCAGUCCUGCUGCUCUACAGCACACAGGAGUUUAUACGUGCAGAGCAGAGAGAGGACGACCGGCCUAUUACACAAAGACCAGUAACACACAGCCCCUGUGGAUCACUGGUGUUUCUCCUUCAGUGUCUCUGGUGGUCCGUCCCAGCAGAAGUCAACACUUCUCAUCUGACUCUCUCUCUCUGAGCUGUGAGGAUCAGACGAACUCUUCUGGAUGGACAGUGAGAAGAUACACAGACAGAAACACAGAAGAUUGUUCAAAACUAACAGGAUCUACAUGUCGACUCGUCUCUCUCAGCACAUCUGACUCUGGAGUUUACUGGUGUCAGUCUGAAUCUGGAGAGAAACGUCAUCCUCUAAACAUCACUGUACACGAUGGUGAUGUGAUUCUGGAGAGUUCUGUUGAUCCUGUGAUUGAGGGACAUACUCUGACUCUACACUGUUUACAUCGAUCUACAAUCUCCUCGAUCCUCAGAGCUGAUUUCUAUAAAGACGGAUCACUCGUCCAGAAUCAGACGACAGGAGAGAUGAUCAUCACGACUGUCUCAGAGUCAGACGAGGGUUUCUACUACUGUAAAACAGAGAGAGGACAGUCACUGCACAGCUGGAUCUCAGUCAGAGUCUCAGCAGCUUCAUCUUCUCUUCUGGUCACUGGUGUGGUUGUGGGAUCGAGUGUUUGUCUGUUGUUCUUCCUCUCACUGCUGCUGAUGUGGAGAUACAAGAAGAACAAAGAUCAGCAGCGUAACUUUAACCAGACAUCAGUCCCAAAUCAAUCUGCACAAUCUCAACUGGAGAUCUUUCCUCUACAGUCUGAUUCUGAUCACAUUUAUGAUGAUGUGACUGAAGUGAAUAAGAAAGACAAAGAUGAUUCAGAGCCCUGGACAGAUGUCACAUAUUCAGAGGUCACUGUUAAGAAAAAGAUGGACAAAGCUAAAUCAGAGUCAAAUAAUGUGACAUACUCAGAAGUCGGAAAAAGAGGAAAGAAAUGCAAAAGUAAAGAUAUUAAUCCUGCAGGACCCAGUGAUUUGACUUACGCAGAGAUCAAUAUACAGGACAAGAAGAAAACCAAAGGCAAAGGGAAGAGCAGUGAGUCUGGAGACACUUUGUACUCUGAACUGAAGCAGAACACAGAUAGAGAUGCUGAUGCUGGAGUUGGUGAUGCAACUUCUGCUCUAGCUUUUUGGAAAAAGGGUCAGAAGAAGAUUAAUAAAACAUGUCCCUGAGUUCAGAGAAGACACCAGACGACUAAAAGAUUCACAGCAGCAGACACAGUAAUGCUUGCAUUGCUUCAGAAAUGAUAAUGAGUGAACACAUGCUUGACUGAAAUACUUUACAGAUAUUAUCAUAUUAUCUGUACACAGAUCUAUCUGUAAUAUAUAUUCAAUCAUUUUCCAUUUGAGCACUUUUGUUUAACAGCUUUAAGUGAAACUGCUCUUCAAGUUAUUACAUUAUUAGAUGAUUCGUCUGAUGCUGUACAGCAAUUAAACAGUAAUCGUGCACUUGUCAGAUAGUUAAAUAUAACAUGUUCUGUCUUAUUAAAUAAUGACUGUGUUUUUACCAAGACUGUGUGGCUAACAUGAUACCUCUUGCAUAUAAAGUAUAUUCAUAAAUACUGCUUUUUACAUUAAUAUAUUUUU